GACAUCACUGCGCGCCGGUAAACUGCAGUCGCAUCGUUCACUCUCUGCAGCAACAAAACAGGACAAAAUCUGCUUAAAAGUGUGCUGGGUCUCAAGAUGCCUCUACCUCCGGCACUACUGGCCCGCCUCGCCAAAAGAGGAAUUGUUAAACCUACAGAACAAGGGGCAGAUGAAGAAAUAAUCGCUGAAGAUUAUGACGACAACAACGUAGAUUAUGAGGCAACUAGACUCGAAAAUUUACCCCCAAAUUGGUACAAAGUGUUUGAUCCUACCUGCGGUCUGCCAUAUUACUGGAACGUAGAGACAGACUUGGUUGCCUGGCUCUCCCCAAAUGACCCCACUGCUGUGAUAUCGAAACCAGCCAAAAAAGUAAAGGAGGUUGUAGAAGACAAAGCUGAGAGAAUGGACAGAUCAGAGAAAGAGCGUGAACGAGACAGAGACCGAGACAGGGACAGAGAUCGGGACAGAGAUCGAGAGCGAGAGAGGGACCGGGACAGAGAUCGGAGGAGGCACAGACGAGAAGACCCCGCCCCCUACAGCAAAAGCAAAAGAGGAAAAAAGGACGACGAGAUGGACCCGAUGGAUCCUAGUGCUUAUUCAGACGCUCCGAGAGGUUCUUGGUCGACUGGACUUCCAAAGCGAAACGAGGCAAAGACGGGCGCAGACACCACAGCUGCAGGUCCACUGUUUCAGCAGAGACCCUACCCCAGCCCCGGAGCUGUGCUUAGAGCCAACGCUGCCAACCAGAUCCCCAAAGAGUGAAGCCCCAUUCAGACUAGGUUUUUUUAAAUACUUUUGUUACUUUAAAUAUGUUGUUCUGUCAUUAUGUGUUAUGACCACGGCCUCUGAAAAGGGGAAUAAAACUUGAGUAAUAAAACAACAGCAGUCGUUCACGUCUCAAGUCAGUGGUUUAACGAGUCGGCUCUUUUGAACGGCUCCUUAACUUGAACGGCUGGAAUCGGAUUUCAUUUUAGAAAAGAGUCGAAUCUUUUUUCUAGUUUUUAUGCGAUUUUAUACAGAUUAACGCUGAACCAAUAAGAACACAGCGACACGAGUGAGAGCUUUGUGCGCAAAAAUA